UGUUAACAUGUCUGUAAUGCACGUCGAUAAUGCGACUAAAAUAGGAAUACUCCACAUGUCUUAAUUCAAUUUGUGUUUACUUACUGUAGGUAAUCAAUAAUCGCUGUUUACAUGGUAGUUUUUUAAUCAGAGUAUUGUCUUAAUCGGGUUAAUAUCGGAUUAUUGUUGUCAAUGUAAACGUACUGACUGUGCCUGCGCUGAUUGCCCUCGGAGUACCCCCUGAGAGGGGCCCCAGUAUGAGCAGCAGAGCCGAGCAGCGAGCCGCGCGCGCUGUAGUGUUCACUUUAGUCUGGUUAAAGCGCGCGCUGACAGCGGAGUUCACACGCACACACACGCUGACACAUACACGAGCGCCGUGAUUCCUGCUGGAUCUUUAUUGCCAACUCGACCAAAGCUCCGGAGUACCAGAGUGUGGUUUAUCCACUGCAGCUGGCAUGAGCUAACAUGGAAACCAAACCUUUCUUGUCGCUAGGGUUCCUGAAAAGCUCGUGCUCAGUAGUGCCACCCUGUGUGCAGGGCCGGCCGGGCAAUGCUGGCAGCUCGCCCUCGGGCUGCUCCUGCUUCACGGGCACAUGCCCGCUGCACCAGCGCAGGAUAUCCACAGACACAUCAGGCCAGCUGCACUCGUCUCCUCUGAGCUCCCCGACUGGACACUGUGCUGUUGGCCCUCAACCGCUCCACCCGUCCCUGCUCACCCCGUCUUCCAUGGGCUCCACUCCGGGUCAGCUUCACUCACCCAUCAAUGGCCUAGCAUCGCCCUUCCCCGUCAUCAGCUCACCCAUGGGCCAUCCCUCCAUCACCGGGCCUUCCAGCACCAGCAUGGCCUUCAGACCUAGUCUCAGUCCACAACUCAGUUCCCCCAUGACUUCAGUCAGCAGCCCGGAAGACAUCAAACCUCCUCUGGGCCUGAAUGGCGUCAUGAAGGUUCCAGCUCAGCCGACCGGCACCUGUCUGUCUCUCACCAAACACAUCUGUGCCAUCUGCGGCGAUCGAUCUUCAGGUAAACACUAUGGAGUGUACAGCUGCGAAGGCUGCAAAGGCUUCUUCAAGCGCACGGUGAGGAAAGACCUGACUUACACCUGCCGAGACAACAAGGACUGUCCGAUCGACAAACGCCAACGCAACCGCUGCCAGUACUGCCGCUACCAAAAGUGUUUGGCCAUGGGCAUGAAGAGAGAAGCUGUACAGGAGGAGCGGCAGCGGGCGAAAGAAAAGAGUGAGGCUGAAUUGGAGCUGGCGGGCUGUACCAGUGAAGACAUGCCAGUGGAGAAGAUUCUGGAAGCUGAGCUGGCAGUGGAGCCCAAAACCGAAACCUAUGUGGAAGGCAGCAUUGGUGCGACUGCCAACUCUCCCAACGACCCCGUUACAAACAUUUGCCAAGCCGCUGAUAAGCAGCUCUUCACAUUAGUGGAAUGGGCGAAGAGGAUACCACACUUUUCCGACCUACCUUUAGAUGACCAGGUCAUUCUUUUACGAGCAGGGUGGAACGAGCUCCUCAUCGCUUCUUUCUCACACCGCUCGAUAAGUGUGAAAGAUGGCAUAUUGUUAGCAACCGGCCUCCACGUCCAUAGAAACAGUGCACAUAGUGCUGGAGUAGGUGCCAUUUUUGAUAGAGUACUGACAGAGCUGGUGUCUAAGAUGCGAGACAUGCAGAUGGACAAGUCUGAGCUUGGAUGCCUGCGAGCUAUCGUUCUUUUCAAUCCAGACUCUAAAGGCCUGUCUAACCCAACAGAGGUGGAGGCACUUAGAGAGAGAGUUUACGCUUCACUGGAGGCCUACUGUAAACAGAAAUACCCCGAUCAGCCUGGGAGAUUUGCAAAACUGCUACUCCGACUGCCUGCUCUACGCUCCAUCGGUCUAAAGUGUCUGGAGCACCUCUUUUUCUUCAAACUCAUUGGAGACACACCCAUUGACACAUUUCUAAUGGAAAUGCUAGAGGCACCACACCAAAUGACGUAAAGGAGCAGUGCCUUAACUCGCCCAUGACAAUGUCACUCGUCCCUGUAAAGAACACUGCACUCUCAUGCACAUCACCUUCACAAGGCCAUGACAAGAUGCAUCUCAGUGACACCUGCUUUAUCUGGUAAACGUCUUAUCUUGCAAUCCAGGAGACAAACAGAUUUGCUUUGGUGCUUCAUCUUUGGAAUUUGCAAAUCCAUGUAAUUACACAAAGACCAUUCACUAUGGAUUAAUUCAUAAGGAGGAUGGAUUAAGAGAGUCAAAACAGGUAUGCUCUUGUGGUUGAAAUGAAUUCUUGAAUAUUCUGCCUCACAGUGACCUACCUCUGCAGUCCACUCUGUUCUGAUACAAAAUUCUGCAAUACCUCAUACACACCCCUCGGUACCACAGGAUUCCUUUUUCUGACACCUCAUCACUGCCUUUGUUAUGGACUGUACUUUAUGUACUAUAACAUUUAAUGUUAUUUUCGCAAUUUUUUAAAAUAUAUAUUUUGUAAUUCACUGAUGAGAGAUAGAUGUAUAAGAAAGAAAUUGUAUUUGCAGCACUUAACUGAAUUUUUUUUUUAAUUCUUUUUUUUUUUCUUCUAAACAGUGUUGAUUAGCGAGGCUGCCAGCAGUUGGUCUCUGCAAAGGGCAGUGUUGUUUGGCUGUAACAGAGGCAUAUGAUUGACAGAAUGGUUUAAAAUGAAAAUCAGGUUUGCUGUUUGCCUGAUUCAAGUUUAAUGAUAGAAAAAAGCAAUGAUUCUUUGUUGUUCAUGUAAAAUUUUAGAUGUUUGAUUAUCAAUUGUUUUGCCUUCAUAAUUCAUCUCAUUAAUGUAGCAAGUAUUUCCAAAGAUUUUCAUUUAAAUGUCAUGUGAUGAUUCCCAGCAAAGCAGCAUUUGUGCUAUGAAAAUAUGCAAUUAGGCUACGUUCACAUUAAAAGGCUGAAGUGACACAAGACAAAGUCCUCGCAAUUCAGAUUCAGGAUACUAAUAUAUGGUACUAGAUACAUAGCCAUGUAAUCAUAUGAGAACAUAUAAGGCGAGUUAUAUUCACCCAGUGCUGGUAGCCUGCUAGCAGUGUUAACUAGGAGAACGAAAUGGAGAAAAGUCAUAUAACUGCUGUCGAGCUGUCAGUCUGCCUCUGGAGCAAAUCUCUGUAAUGGCAGAUUGUGCUAGUGUCAUUACCACAUUCCCCCUAAAUAUGUUUGUUGUUGUUCAUGAUGCUUGGAUCACGUAUGUAAUUUUAUUGAUUUCAAAAUACGCUCAUGUAAAUAAUUUCAGGGCAGAGGUCUGAGGUCACAUACACAUGAAAUGUGACCUGUUAAGGCAGAAAGAGAGAGGGGUUAGGCUGCCACCUGGUGUUCGCAGUUGAUACUACAGGUUGUACAAUUUAAUAUAACAAUCAGAGUAAAAAGAUUUUUUUUAAUGGAAUUGAAUAAGACUUGUAAUGUGAACAUAGCCUCUGUUAAGAGAAUCCAGAUGAUGGUCUGGCCUCAGGGAUGUGGGAGGUUUAGGAAGAGCUUACCCUACCACCUGGUGUUUCACAGGUGAUACUACAGUUCAACAUUACGCUGGGAGAGGAAUCUGAAGAAUCCUUCAUUGUUUGACAGUGUGAAAUAACCAGACCUCAGGCUUUGUAAAACACUUUUUAUAUUAUAGUAUUAAUCAGACUCAUAUUGUGCAAUUACUUUCUGUAUUAUAAGGAACAGACAGAUUGUUGUGAUGUUUGCUAAAAGGAACCUCUUGCAAACUGAGCCAGGCUGAACUAAAACAGUGUUCUUAUAUAGUAAAUAUACAUUUGAGAUUAUUAUUAUUAUUACAGUUUUUCAUAAUCAGACUGUGCAGAAAUUCAGUCACUUAUCGCUCUUUCAGUAGUCACAUAUUUAACUCAGUGAAAGCAGAGGCUACCACUCAGGCACAUACACGGUUUACAUGCAGUUUCUUCACAUUAAAAAAAAAAAAUCACAAAACCCUAACAGUGGUGUUUUUCACAAUAUCAUCAGUUUUUAUCCUUUAGUUUGCCUAAAGCCCUUCUCACCUGUAGCCUGAAACCAUGUUUAAAACUCUGGGCUUUAAACACCAGCAUGAAGUCAUAGGAAGAACACAAAAAAAACUCUUAUUUGGAGUAGAAAUCCAAGCCAAAACUCUAAAAGGCCCUAAUCUAUAGAGUAAUCCUGGGUGUUGGGCCUCAUGGAAGACAAACAGGGUUUAGUAGACAAACAGAGAUGGGUGAAACACUUUCCCCAUGAUAAGCAAGGUUUUGGCAAACCAUGAAAAGAGUUUGGUUUAGAGAGAUAUAUAUAUUUUUGUACAAUUGUAAUUUUAUGCUUGUGUUCCAUGUAUUUACAUAAUUCCAUUGAAUUUUGCAUACAUUAAUUGUAUACAUGUUGAUUUGUAAAAUGGAAGGGUCUUGCCCUCUGAACAGGUUGCCGUUGAAACAUUUUCCCCAAUUCUUUUAUUGUUGUUGUUGUUGUUGUUUGUUUUAGCAUCAUUGGGCUUCACCUGGAAAGUGAAAAACGUCAUUUUUAUGUAUCACUACAAUGAGAAUAAUUUUUGAAAACUUUCUGUUUUGAAAGUUACUUUCCUUACUGCAUGACAGAACCAUUAACCAGUUACAAACUUCUUUGAAGACAACAAAAAUAAAAAUGUUUGUAUAUUUUCCCUGCUAAAAUCAACACAAAUCUGCAGUAUUUUUUACAGACAUCAUAGAUGGGGCAAAUCAGCCAGAAUAUUUAAACAGCAUUGUACACUACAGACAUUGGAAUUUGUGUGAAAACAUAGAUGAAUUCCUGCAGUUACCCAAGUUUCUGAAUGAAAAUAAAUUAAAGAAAAGGUGAUGGUAGUUCCCUUAUUUGAUAAGUCCUAUUUGAUAAACAUAUAAGGCGUCUAAUCAUGAGCACAUCAGAGAAGGCAUAGAACACAUUUCACCCAAAAAUAAAUUAUUAACCGAAGAGUUAAUUAAACAGUUUUCACAGACAGGCUUCAGUGUGCCUUGACCUAGAUAUUACAGGACUCGUAAUGUACUGGAGGCAUGAAUGCCAUUGCUCUUACAGAUAUUCUCUCCUUUUGUGUUUUGAUGAUGGUGGUGACUCCAAAAUCUCCCAUAGGUGUUCAGUUAGGUUGAGAUAUGGUCACUGUGAAUGCGAUAGCUUAUCAUUUACAUUAUUUUCAGCCAAAACAUACAAUGAGCCCUCGUGCCCUAUGGCUGGGACAUUGUUAUGCUGGUAGUGACCACUCCCAUCAGGAUAAAAAUUUGUCAUUAUAGGGUAAAGGUGAUCUGUCUGAGCAACUUUGUAUUGAUUGGCAGUGACAAUUCAAGUGAACCCAAAAAAACCUGAAUUUAGUUGUAUUUGUCAACCAUCUGUAACUGACCCAAUUGCUUAGUUUGAGUGUAUUCCAACAAACCUAGCAAUGCUGGGGGGUGGGGGGCGAGGAUGCAUGAAAAAUAAAUGAAAGGCUCCAAUCAUUAAAAAAAGUUCAGCAGUAGUCUCAGUUCUUCUGAACAUCAUAUUAGAUGAUAAUUGAAUUGUGGAACUCAUAGUUUAUCUUCUAAUAAUAGAUGCAAUAAAAAUAGGAAAGAAUAUAGACAAAUAUUAUAUGAACAGGGAAUAAUCAGAACAGAUUAGAAAAUACUGUAUACACAUUCCUCAGGUCAUACAUCUCUCACAGAAAUCUAUUAAUUAGUCCUGUGCCUUAGCAAUCACUCAUCCACAGUUGAAUAGUCUUGUCAUUCUCCAGUGCUGCUGAUGUGAUGAUGUUCUCUGCAGGAUGAAUAGCAGUCGCAAUCUCCACAUCUAGAAACAAAUCAUACACAAAUAAUAAACAAAGCACAUAAUUUACACAGCAUGAGUGACAAGUUUUCCGUCCCUUCGUCUUCCACUACGAAGCAGGUAGAAUAUGAAUGGUGUGUUGCCAGUUAUACAAAUAAUAUAGAUAUGUAUUACAGUUAUGAUUCCAGAUGUACACCAUGUGGUCUUCAGAAUUAGGAGAAAAUCUACUGGAUGGAGAGACGUUUUUACAAGAUUCAAAUUGGAAAUCCUCCUACGUAUAAAAGCUAGAUGGAAUGUACAAAAGCUGCCUACAUUCCACCAGAUACAGAGAAAUUGGUGAAUAUUUCUCAUUCUCAUGUAUGUCCAAUGUAUGUCGUAAGACACUACAAGAACAGGCUACAGGAGCCUAUAAUUAGUAUGAGUCCAUGCAGAUUGUUAAUUUAAUGGAAUAGUUGGGCCAAAAAUGAUUUUUUUAAACAAGUUUACUAUUAUGGUUACGCUACAACAUAUUUGCUGUUUGAAUUUUGCUUUUUUCGUUUUAACCUACAACUACAAGAUUAACAAUUUUGGUCACCCAAAAUGUUGCUAGAGCAACAUCAACCUGAAAGCAUCUGUUAAUUCAUGUUUAAGUUAGAGAGUAGUCAGCUCUCUCUGCUUCAUGUUUUCAGCUGCCACAGGAUACAUGUGUUAGUCUUUUCUUUCCCAGGUGGAAGCUGUUUACAUGGGAAGAAUAUGAGGUAUCAUUUGUGCCAAAAAUAUGUUGACUGCUUUGUUCAUUGCUUUGUCAAUGGUGACUGUUGUCGUCUUUUUUUUUUUUUUUUUUAGGUUAAACAGCAGCUGUUGAUAAUUGCUGAUAGUUUGGUUAUACAACAGUUAGGUCCAGUCCACUGAUUUUAUUGGAUUGUCAGUCAGUUUAUGUGUUAAUUGUUACAUGUUAACACGCAAUGCUCUGUCCAGCUGUGGCUUCUUUGGGAACCAUUUUCAUUAAUGGCGCAAAAAUAAACAAAAUAUUUGGCCAUAUUGUGUCUGAAUCAAUAGUUAUUAUAUAUGUAUUUAUUGUUUAUAGAACUGUUGUAAAUAAGUAAUAGCACACUCACAAUCAUGCUGUCGUAAUGAAUAUCAAAAUGAUUACCUGCAGCACUCGGCUUGAAUUCUCAUUCCUAUAGCCAAAUCACAGCCAUGCUGAUAGUCAAUACAAUGGAAUUCUUGCUCAUGUGAUACUCCUUAAUCAUAUAACACAGUUAAAUUAUUGAACCAGAAUGGUGUGCAUUAAUUUUGUAUAAUUGCAUGACUCAGGCUGUAGUUCCGGCUAUAACACUAAAGCAAUGUUAUAUUAAUGCAAUCGUAAUUUACUAUUAUUUCUAUAGUAACUAUUCAUUCACAACAAAAUAUAUGAUGGACGCUCCACAUAGUCGAUUGAAUGGAUUUUUUUUUAAACUUAUUGUCAUUUAACAAAGAAUAUGCAUAAUCAUUGACAUGGUGAGGUUUUUUGCUAGGAGACAUUUAUUUCACAUUUAUGGGAGGUGUCACGGGUGUCAGCACUUUGUAACAGUCACAGUGCUUUGUAAAGUUUUCCAGCAAGGCAAAGGACAGAAGAGUUUAAACUUUAAAAAAUAACACAAAUUACAUGCAUUUUUUCAGAGAGAGAGAGAGAAAGAGAAAGAAAGAGAGAGAAAGAGAGACCUGCGGGUGAGAGAACGAUUGUUUAUAGCUGUUAUAAUGUAAAUUAUAACAGGAACUAAUAAACCAUUAAAAUGGCUGAUGUCUCAUUUAUUAAUACAGUCCCCUCUGAAAGUAUUGGAACAGCAAGGCCAAUUUUAUUGCUUCUGCUAUACAUUGAAGACAUUUGGGUUUGAGUCACAAGAUGAAUGAGACGAUAGAUCAGAAUUUCAGAUUAUAUUUCCUGAUAUUUACAUCUAGUUGUGUUUAACAACUUAAAACAUUAGGGCAGAUCCCUAAGUUAGGUGAGCGAAAAUAUAGGAACAGAUCAUAAAGUAAAUUAAAGUAAAUAACACAAUAUUUUAUUGUAUAUCUUUUUUUUGCAAUAACUGCAUCAAGCCAGUGACCAAAUGACAUCACCAAACUGUUGCAUUUUUCUUUUCUGAUGCUUUUCCAGGCUUUUACUGCAGCUUCUUUCAGUUGUCGCUUGUUUCAGGGGGGUUUCUCCCUUCAGUCUCCUCUUCAGGAGUUGAAAUGCAUACUCAACUGGGUUAAGGUAUGAUGAUUGACAUGGCCAGUCUAAAACUUUCCACUUUUUCCCCCUGAUGAAGUCCUUUGUUGUGUUGGCACUGCUUUCUGGGUCAUUGUCUUGCUGCAUGAUGAAGUUCCUCUCAAUUAGAUUAGACGCAUUUCUCUGUAAAUUGGAAGACAGAUUGUUUCUGUAGACUCAUUCUGCUGCUACCAUCAUGAGUUACAUCAUCAAUAAAGAUUAGUCAGCCUGUUACAGAAGCAUCCAUGUGAGAACAAGCCAUGACACAUCUCUACCAUGCUUGACUGAUGAGCUUAUAUGUUUUGGAUCAUGAGCAGAUUCAUUCUUUCUCCACACUUUGGCCUUCCCAUCACUUUGGAAGAGGUUAAUAUUGGGUUCUAGAACUUUUGUGGCUCAUCUUUGUAUUUCUUUCUAGUUUAUAGUUAAGGCAAUGUGUUCAUUACAUAGGUUACAUUACAUGUGUUCAUUACAUAAAAGAUAGGAUGAAUGACUGUGGUCAGGAACCUAUGGCUCGCAAGCCACACAUGGCUCUUUAACAAAAAUUAUGUGGCCUGCCAGGUGCCUCACCCUGCACCAACAUAUGAUCAUUAAAAACUUAGAGACAUAACUAGAGAUCAGUUUCUUGCAGAAAACUAAAAGGCAAAAAAGAAAAACUAAAAACUAAAACGAAAACUAAAUUAUAAUCCCUUUAUUGUACAGCCUACUGAAGUCAAUGAAAAGCCAGUUUGCAAUAGUACAUUUCAAGUUGUUCCCUCCAAUUCGUGUAUGCAGUGAUGUGUGCAAGUGUCACAACACCAAUCAACGGUAAACCUGCUGUGUCUGAUUUGCACAGAACAUAUUGCCUCAUUUAAAAAAUCAAAUGUUAUGAGACAUUUCGGAACCCACUAUGCAGCUUUUGCAGCAAAGUACCUGGUGGGCGAACGCCGAAGGAAGGCAUGCAUGGAGCUCCAACAUAAACUGCAACCCGGACAGCAGCAGCUGCAAGCGUGGACGGGGCCCCUGGAAGCCUGAAUGUUACCAGCUUUGCUGCCAGCAUUGGAGACAAGGAAAAACCUUUUACUGACAAGGGAUAUGUAAAGUUAUGCAUGCUGAUUAUGGGAACUGAACUGUUUUGUUUUUUUUUUGUGAUUUGAGAUAGAGAGGGUACACAAAGGUUUGUAUCUCUGAUGUGAGCAAGAAAAGCACAUUUUGGGGACUUUUGCGUGCACAGCAAUUUGUCAAAAUUUAUCAAUCAUCCACAAGAGACCAAACUUGAUGACAAUCAUCUCAGUGUCAUCCCUGGCACUUCUAUUGCAAGUAUUGCGUUAAAGAAUGUUGAGCUCAAAUCUGCAUAAAUAUGGUCGACUAAAUUGGACACUCUGAAUACCAAGCUGGAAAACGUCAUUUGUCGUUUCUCAAAAUGUAGUUUUACCGUUCUCAAAAUGAGCAGAAGUGGAAGGACAUGAGGAACCUCGAACGUGAGGACAUUCUUAUAUUGAAGACCUGGAGUGAACUUCCCCCAAACUUUGCCAUACUACGACGUGUCAGUACGGCUGUGCUGUCCAUGUUUGUCAGUCUUUCUCGCAUGUGAACAAUAUCAAAUCCAACCAGUGCUCAAGGUUGAUAGAGGAGAGUUUGAACACCUGCAUGAAAUUGAACUUGACCACCUAUGAACCGGACUACAAAGCUAUUAGCAACACCAUGCAAAGCCAGAAGUCACACCAAUUGUGAGUAUCCCUAAUAUAGGGAAGUACACUUUUUCAUGGACAUGUGUGUAAUUAAACUUAAUUUUAUGGAGGCCUGAUAUAAGAUUUUAAGCAAUGGUAGUCAUUUUUGCAGGCCCCAGUGUAAGCAUUGUGCUUUGUUCACACACACACACAUACACAAACACAUACAGAGAGAACACUGAAGUGGUUUUAUGUUGCUCAGGUGGAAACUCAACUUCAAAGUGAAGCCCUGGACAAUUAAUUCCAUAUUGUAACAUGUUACCUAUUGUAACAAUUGUUCAAUGUGGUGCAAAGAUUAAAUAAAAGAAACCUUAGCUCGAGUACCAGUCAUCUCUACAGAUAUAAUGUUUGGUGACAAGGAUGGCUCUUUUUUGCCC